AUCUGAAGUUGAUUUGGAUGUUUAGACAUUCUUGAUUUUCUCGAUUGUUUCUUUUUUCUUUUUGUUUCUAGGACUCCACUGUUAACUAAAAGUUUAGUGUAGUAGUAAUUUUUUUUUUCAAAGAAUGACUAUUGAUCUUUUGAGGGGAAUCGUAUGAGAUAUUUGAUGCGGUUUCUGAAAUGGGCCACCAGCUGUUCGAUGAAAUGUUUCUUAGUGAAUUUCCCUGAUAUGUUUCACUGUUCCUGCUUGCGUCCCCUUUUGAUUUGAUUAUGUGCAUUAUUGGCGAAUGUAUGAUAGUGUGAUGCUGGAUUAUUUUGUGUGCGAGUGUGUCUGACAAUUAAUUCAGGAAUGCAGCUGGAUUGAGUUUGAAAAUUAGUUUUGAAUUGAAAUUUGUGCCUUGCCUGAUACCAUUUCUAGGGUUAAUUCUUUUAUGACUUGGGUUAUGCCCAUAAGGAUCAUUAACUUUAGGUGUAAGAUCUGAACCCCAACAAUGCUCCUUGAGUUCAAGAUUUCUUAUUUUGCUUUCGAUAGAAACUCGAGUUGGAGUUUCGUUUUUGAAAUGGGUAUGGGGCUGGGUAUAUGCAUACCAUAUUGUAUUCUUAUGGUAGAUUCCGUCGAUUAUUGUUUUCGUUGUAUAUGGUGUCUAUGCAAGCGCUGGCUAGUUUGUAUAGUUUUUGAUAUUAUCAGAAACCACAUAAGCCUUGGUAUUCCUGGUAUAAGAUGUAUUUUGAAUAACGUUUACUUGAAUCAGUUAUGUGAGGUUUUCAUUUGAACAUAUUCAUGGUACCUCUUGACACAUAUCUAACUUGUUCUUGCUGGAUAAUGAUGUAAUCAUCAACUACAUAUUCAAUCUCUUCUUUAUGAUCUUGUUAAAUUGCAUGGCUUUUCCUUCUAAGUGCCAUUUGUCCCGUUUCAAGUCCAAUCUUUUGAAUCCUAUAUCCGUCUUACCAAUUUUCUUCGCCUAUGUAUCAUUGCUUCUUAAUGCAACCAGUGUCUAUUUUGAUUUCUCUAAAUACUCAACCAUAUUUCAGGUGGUAAUGGGCCAAUCACAGAGUGCUGUAACUUCAGAGGAUUCAAAAACCACAGCUUCCCUACCAAUAACAGAGAAUUCAGCACAGCCUUCGCUUGAUUCUUUAAUUGCUGAAGCAGCUGCAUAUGGUGGCGAGGACAGCAGCCAAUCUCUUGAAGCACAAGCACAGAAGGCAUUAGAGUGCCCUUGCAUUGCUCACUUGCGAAGUGGGCCAUGCGGCGACCAAUUCUCCAGUGCUUUCGUUUGCUUCCUCAAGAGCACGGCUGAAGAGAAAGGGUCUGACUGCGUGCAUCCUUUUGUCGCUCUACAGAACUGCAUAAAAGCCAAUCCAGACGCGUUUUCUAAAGACGUGUUGGAGGAUGAAGAGGAGGUCAAGAAAGAGGAUGAACCAACCCCUAAAUACAGAGUCCGGCCUCCCCUUUGGUCUAGAAAGUCUAAAACUCCAACUCAGUAGCUUUGGGGAGAUGCCAUAUCUUCCUCUCUAGAAAUUGGUGAGUUUUCCCCUCCAUCUUUAGCAUUGAAAAUAAGUUUCUUAGGCAAGCAAGAUAUUCUUGAGACACCUUGUUAUGCAAUAAAUUGGCAAUAUUAUUAGUUCCUGCGUUUCAAUGAGAUCUUUUAUAGGACUAGUGCAAUUGCUUAAUUUGUUUUCCUUAAAUAUUCGUUGAGGUUUCUAAUAUUUUAUUUUAUGUUGACUUGAGUCACUUCAGAAGUAUAGUUUCUACAAAUUUUA